AAUAACAUUAGUGAAACUUUUUGUUACAUUGUUUUAUGGAUAAAACCCGAAUGUUCAUUUUCUAUUGAUUUACAUUGAUGUUUUACCAUUGGUUCAUCACACAAAAUGGCAGAACCUGCAAGCCAAAGUGUUCAAAGAAGUUCAGAAUUUUUUGAGGAAAACAUUCUUCAGAGAGCAACAGAUAAUGAAGAAUUAAAACUUUUCGCAAAUGCCAUUGAUUUUGAAGAGAAGAGAUUCUUUCUGAAAACCAAGUUUCAUGAAACAUUUGUCAAGGUAAUUAAUGGUCACAGAAAAAGGUCAUGGACAUAUGAAGCUGGACUAAAUGGAUUAGGAAAAACAUCAUCAAUUCUAUACUAUGUUCUUGAUUGCCAAAGGAAGAAUGACUUGAAGAUUCAUUACUUUGACCUGCAGGAAAUUACAAAGAAAGAUAAACAACUUAAACAAUUUACCACACAUUCUGAGACUUUGAAGAAUGAUGACUGUUUGAUUAUAGAUCAUAUUACACUUUACAAUUCCCAUUACCUUGAUAAAAUUAGAGAAAUUGUGCAAAGUAAACAUCUAAGAUUCAUUCUUAUAGAGACAGGGUGUACGGCUAGUGCUCAUAGAAUUCUUACUUUUGGACGAAAAUUUCAGCUUGAUGAGGAGAGCUUCUUGAAAAUCUGGGAUGUUACCAAAACAGACCCUGAAAUUGGAAAGAAAGGGAAAGAGGUGUAUAAAAAAUUCUCUGAGCGAUUUAUAAUGACCCCAAGGUUACUUCGUGAUGUUUUAGAGUUCUUAGAAAACUAUAAAUGUCUUGAAUAUGGUAUUGAUCAGGCUUUAGCACAAUACACUAUAGAAAGACGGUUAGAAAUAUCUGAAUUCAGAAUAUGUGAUGCUACUUCUAAUCUAGAGUUUGCCCAAUUUCAGCGUCAUACCAGAUUCCUUCUUCAUUAUAUCCCAAAGGAUAAAGAUUACAUCUUGACUGAACAGCAAGCAUUGGAGUUCAAGAUAGCAAUUAACCUUUUUGAAAUGGAGUACUGUCAUGUCAAAGAUGAUGAUUUGGAAUCAAAUGUUGAAAUAAUAGAGUGUGGACUUAGUGAGGGUGACUCUUAUGUAAGGAUACGACAUCUUGUACCCUUUCUUGUACCAGUAUGGCGAGCUAAACUUCCCUACAACCUAGAAAUGGUUCUAGACGAUGCAGACAAAGAUGACAUUUUAUGUAUGGUAUUCCAAGAUGGUGGAGCUAGAAAGCAGUUUGUAAAGUUAUUAGUAGAAGUCCAAAAGAAAACAGCAGGUGUUUUGUUGCCUGUCGAAUUGAUUUCCGAGACUUAUUACACACCUUCCCAGAGAAAAAUGGAUGUGCCCUCGACUUCUUCGUGCAAACUGGAAACUGUUUCCAGGGAGAGGUUUUAUGAAGGCAAUGAAUUUCUUGAAAACAGGUACUUGGAUGACACACCAAAGGAUCUGAAAUCUCAUGAAAAAACUGUUGCUCUCUGUGCUGCAUUCAUUAAAAGGAAUGUAGCAUGGGGCACAUUUUUGGUCUAUCCACAAAUUGACACUUUCAUGGGAUUUGAUUACUUUGUAUACACAGACAGAAGAAAAGGAAGCCCCCCUCCCCCAAAAGUUGCAAAAGACAAAAGUAAUUCAAAAUUAUAUCUUAUUAAAGUUGCAACUGGUGUCAGCCACUCUGGUGAUGCUAUGGGUAGAAGCUUGGAUAUUAUGAAGAGGAUUUUUGCAGAUGAAAAUGUCACACUUCAUGCUGUUGUGAUCACUGCGAGAAAUGAUAUCAAACAAUUCACACUUUUAAGGUGCAGUUUUGAGAACAUAACAGUUCUUAACUUGUAUUCUAAGAACAGUACAAAUUUUGUACAAAGCCUGUUGCAAUCAAACAAUUGUUUAAACAAACUUUAUUUGCAAUUGAUAAAGAUGUAAAACCACACAUGGAUGUAUAGAUCAGUUCUUAAUACCAUAAAAUGGAUGAUUUUUAUACAAGAUGAAAGUUCUACCCAUUUCAUUUUAUCCAUCAUUUUUUUGUCAUUAAAUUAUAGAGGCU